UCUUUUUUCUUUCAGUCCGGCGACGGGAAGGCCAAUGGAAGCCGCUUCUUCUUCCUUCGGCCUUCUCAACGAUAAUUGGAGUCCUACGACUUCAUUUGCUUCUCCGAUUCCAUGGACUCGCCACCAGGAUAAGCUUUUUGAGCACGCUCUCGUCAUGGUGCCCGAGGAUUCUCCGAACCGUUGGAUAAAAAUCGCCGGUCUCGUUCCCGGUAAAUCGGCGGCUGACGUUAGAUACCAUUAUGAUGUCUUGGUUUCUGACGUACUGAAUAUUGACUCUGGACGAGUUGAGUUGCCCAAUUAUGCCGAUGACUUAGCGGCGUUGAGAUCGCCGGAGAGGGAGGAUUCGCCGCGUCCGUUAUCGGAGAAAGCGCCGUCUGAGAGGAAAAAGGGGAAACCCUGGACCAAAACGGAACACCAGCUAUUUUUAUUGGGGCUGAAGAAAUUUGGAAAGGGUGAUUGGAGAAGCAUUUCUAGAAACACAGUGAUUACAAGAACUCCAACUCAAGUAGCCAGCCAUGCCCAAAAAUAUUUUCUCCGCCAAGAGUCUGGCAGGAAAGAUCGGAAAAGAUCAAGCAUACACGACAUCACCACCGUAGAAGGCAGUUUGGUAACGGCGGCGGCUGCCACUAGUCACAGUCAACCAAGUAUCUUUUCAGUGGCUCAACCGUCGUCGCCGUCGUUUCCGUUGCCGCUGCAACACCAGUUUGCAUCCGGAAGCUAUUUUCCUUACCAAAGAAGCUUGCUGGAUUACUGAAAGUUUGGGGUUAUUUAUCAUACGCAAUCGUAGGUAUACCGUAUAUUUAUAUAUAUAAUAUUUGUAUACUAAACAAAAUGGCAAAAGUCUGCUUUAUUAAGAUUUUGUCGUUUUUGAGUUCUAUUAUCCAUCGCCUCCUUAAUCAAGGUUUUGUAGCGACGGAUCAUACCAGACAAAUAUAAACAUAUAAAAUACUUUUAUCUUAUGUUUAUAAAUUUGCUGGGUUGGGUUUUUUAUUUGUUAAAGUUUCAUUAUGUCAGUGGGCUUUUAUUUAUUAAGCCCAAAUGUCAAAUAUAUGUACUUCAAGUCUCUAAUCCAGCAGCUUAAAAACCUGAGCAUUGCAAGUCGG